UUUAAGUCCCAGACGUCAUCGUCUUGCGACCAUUUGCUAGUGACAGCGGAGAAGGAGAAAUGGCUGCAAGGUUACUGUUCCGCUCGGCGUUCAGAGCCGCAGCGACAUGCCGGGCGGCCCCGGCCCCGGCCCCGGCCCUGAGCCGUGCCAUGUCGGCUGGAGGUAUUCCUACUGAUGAGGAGCAAGCCACUGGAUUAGAGAAGAUCAUCAUGAAGGCCAUGAAGGAUGGAACGGAUCCCUACAACAUGAUGAAGCCAAAGGAGUACGCUGGCUCCAAGGCUGAUCCCCAUCUUGUGCCCUCCAUCACCUCCAAGAGGAUUGUGGGAUGCGUCUGCGAGGAAGACAACACGGCUGUGGUCUGGUUCUGGCUUCACCAGGGCGAGGCUCAGCGGUGCCCGUCCUGCGGUGCCCACUACAAACUGGUGGCCCACGAGCUGCCCCAUUAACUUAUAGAUACCUCUGUUUUUGUAGACAUCACUUGUACACCUGUGUGUCUGUACAAUGUUACCCUAGCUCAGAAAUAUUCCUGCUUCCUUUAGAAUGAGACAGAGGAUCAGACAGGAAUUUUACCACUCUCCACAUUCUCCAGGAAGACUAUUUAUCUUUGAAUAUUUUGACCUAUCUAUACUUCCUGGUCUUAAGGUAUGAGACCUUGUCUGAUUGGUCUUUGACUUGUUUUAUCUCAGUACUUGAUAUAUCUGCUAACCUCAACAGUCUUUGCUUUACAUUUCCUGUUUUAACUUGCAGAGGAAACAGAUGUGGUUUGGGACACAAAUAUUUCUUACAAACAUUUCCAUUCACUUACAGUUUACAUUGACAUGUACUGUACAAUGUUACACUCGGUCCAAUUGCUCCUCUUAUUGAACCAAUAAAAUCUUGAACUCUU